CCUGGCUUCCGCUGUAAAGUGUGACGACUUCCGUGUUGACCCACGUUUUUCUUGGUUCGCAAAGAAGACACAACUCCUUGCUAAUAAAAGUUGCUUUAAAUAUUCAAGAUGAGGCCACUUACAGACGAGGAGACGAAAACGAUGUUUGAGAAGUUGUCGAAAUACAUCGGUGAAAACAUCAAACUCCUGGUGGACCGACCUGACGGUACCUACUGUUUCAGGCUACACAAUGACCGUGUGUACUACAUGAGCGAGAAAAUUCUUAAGUUGGCCACAAAUAUAUCCCGGGACAAGCUUGUGUCAGUGGGAACAUGUUUUGGAAAAUUCACAAAGACCAUUAAAUUCCGCCUGCACAUCACAGCUCUGGAUUUCCUGGCACCCUAUGCAAAGUUCAAAGUGUGGGUGAAACCUGGAGCAGAGCAGUCCUUCCUCUAUGGUAACCAUGUGCUAAAAUCUGGGCUUGGGAGAAUCACUGAGAACACCAUGCAGUACCAGGGAGUUGUGGUUUACUCCAUGGCGGAUGUGCCACUGGGUUUUGGAGUGGCUGCCAAGUCCACCCAGGAGUGUCGGCGAGUGGACCCCAUGUCCAUUGUGGUGUUCCACCAAGCUGAUGUAGGAGAGUACAUUAGGAAUGAAGACACAUUAACAUAAAGAUGCAUCAACAGCUGGACUGUCAAAUGACCCUUUUUCUUGACCCAUUUCAUAGCCAGUAAGAUUCACUGAGAGUCACAUCCAGAACAGCUGUUUUCUUUUAACAGAAGUGGUUGGAUCCAAUGAUCUGGUUUAAUACCAGAUGUUACAGCUAGCCCACAUUUCCAAUGCAGCCUUCGGACUGAAACGAAAACAUCAACUCACACUGGGAUACUGAUUAAUCAUCAUCAUUAAUCAACAUGAUUCCCUGUCACAGAACCUUUCUAUACUACCUGAUCAAAAUGGGGAAGUAAAGUGAUUUUUUUUUUUAAGAUUGUAAAUGUCAUCUUCCAAAUAAACCCAUAACAUAUUUGUA